AUGAAAUGGGCCGAGACUCAACCAGAACGCAACGUUAUGACUCUGGAAAAGGCGGACAAUCUUGUCAAAUGGGCUGUAGCGAACCAGAAGAGUAUCCGCGGCCACACACUGCUGUGGUUGGUAGGGCGUGAUGGCUGGAAGGGCAAGAUCCGCGCAUGGGAUGUGGUCAACGAGGCGAUUGAAAGAGACCAUAUGCGCAGCAAUCCGUUCUACGAUGUCUUGGGAGAUGAGUACAUCAAAGUCGCCUUCGAAGCUGCUCGCGCAGCCGAUCCGGACGCUAAAUUGUACAUUAACGAUUAUAAUCUAGAGGAUGCGACGUACGCAGAACACAAGUUCAUGGUCGCUAAAGUGAAUGAGUGGAAUGGCAAAUGGCAGGCUGGUGGAAGACCUUUGAUUGAUGGAAUUGGAUCCCAGACACACCUUGACGCAGGUCAUGCUUCUGCUGUGGAAGGCGCGCUGAGAUCCUUAGCCGCGGCUAAUGUUGCUGAAGUCGCAAUCACCGAGCUGGAUAUUCAAGGAGCUAACCCGCAAGAAUACCGGGAUGUCUUUAAAUACUGUUAUUGGGUACCUCACUGUGUCGGCGUAACUACAUGGGGUGUCCGUGACAACGAGGCCUUGGGCAAGAACACCCCCGAUGAGACACCUCUUCUUUUCGAUUCGAAUUGGGCCGCAAAGGAUGCCUAUUUCGCAAUCCGAGACUACCUCGCAGAUCUACCUAAGGUAGACCGUACCUGA